AUGGUUUUUGCCUUCCCUUUCUCUCUUGAAGCACAAGCAAAGACAUGGUUUUAUUCGCUACCGGAUGAGAUUGCUACCAAUUGGGAUUUCUUGAGAAGAGAGUUUCUAGAUAAAUUCUUCCCACCAGAAAAGACCGACUACAUCCGGAAGGAGAUUUCGGGUAUAAUGCAAAGAGACCAAGAGAGUUUGUACGAGUAUUGGUCUCGGUUCAAGAGGCUAUUAGAAUCUUGUCCACACCAUGGAAUGAACACUCACUUGCUCAUUAGCUACUUCACCGGAGGUCUUUGUAUAGAAGAUAGAAGAUUGCUCACCGCUUCUAGCGGUGGUUCCCUUUUGAAAAACAAGACGGAGGGAGAAGCUUGGAGUUUGAUAAAGGAUGUUGCCGAAGCUACACAACAUACAAGGGUGAAAAGUAAUCCUCUCAAGGGUGUGGUAGAAUCGUCCCCUUCCGAAUCAAGCCUAACCAAAGCACUUGGGGAUAUGACCACCAUCCUCACGCAAAUACAAAAGGAUCAAAGGGAAUUCUACUCCAUCCAAGCCGUCCAAGCUCCACCUCCAGUUGCUCAACUUGAAGGCCCUCAUAGGAUUUGUGAGGAACAUGCCCUUGUAGUGGUCAAUGUGAAUUACAACAAUCGUCCACCCUAUUCAUCUCAAGGCCAAAACCACUACCCUCAUGGAAGUAAUCAACAUCAAGGGUGGAGGGAUAAUGCACAAGGGAGCAAUCAAAACCAAAGAUGGAACAACUCUCCUUCUCAUCACAACAAUAACCAAUCUUCAUCUCAAUACCACCACAACAACAACAUCUACCAAGCCAACCAAAAUCACCACAACCAAAACCAAAACAACUACACCAAGUACCAAGCACCACACCAUAGACAACAAUCUAACCAAACCUCUCCAUCUUCCACCAAUCAAGUUGACGAGCUUAGAGCCACUGUGGAUAAAUGGGAUGAGGGCUAUAAGGCUCAAUUCGAGGCCAUGAGUGCUCAAUUGGCCAAUCUUACUGACAUUAUUUCAAAGAUGUCCAUGUCCUCCUCCAACAAUACCAACCAACCCUCAAGUUCUUCUAACCUUCCAUCCCAACCCCAACCAAACCCAAAGGGUGGUCUCAAUGCCAUCACCCUAUGA